ACGAGGUACUAGUGGAUUUUUUCACUGGAAUUUACACAAGAAAUGUUUAGAAAAGACAUGGAUAGUUAUAAUUAUGCUUGUGAUGAAAAAUACUGUCUAUGCUGGAAAAUUAUCUUUAUGCCUAUAGCCAAAAAAAGAAGGAAGUUUGUUAUGUGUUUAUGGAAAGUUAAGCGGCAUCAAAUAUCAAUUAGCGGUUAUUACCAUGGAAACGUAAAUUGCGUAGUCGUCCGUAUGCUAUUUUCAUUUGGGUUCAUGUUUGUUACCGUAUCGAUAACUGGAACAGCAUUCAUCGCUUCCGAAUUGUUCGUAGCUGUUUUUAAACCAAUUACAUUUCGCGUUUUAAUAAGAAAAAACACGUUGUCGUCAGUGCUUGCUGGAAUAUGGUGUAUUUUUAUUGUACUUCCUUUAAUAGCUGUAUAUGUUUACCACCCUUUGUUAGAAGGGUAUCAAUUUUUUUUUGGAGUAUACAGUUGUUUUGUUUUCAUCUCCAUUAUAAUAUGUCAAGUUUGUGUCUAUAAGCGGUUAUAUCGUCAUAAUGAUAUAACGACGUCGAGACAUGAUAAUCAUAAAAAGUCUCUUAAAGUUGCCAUAAAAGUUUUAAUCACACAUGGAAUCUGCUACUUACCCGCCGCCAUUUGCAUCCUGUACAAAGCAUACGCUGGUAACUCGUCUACUUUGCAAACAUACGUGGAACAGUGGACCUAUCUUCCAGCUAUUACGAAUUCCUUUUGGAACACGUUUAUUUAUGGAUUUCGCUCCGCUGAAAUUAGAUUCGAGCUUAAGCGCACAUUACGAAGGCGUUUAAGAAGAACUGGAUUUGUUGUAUAACUAAAAGUAUUUCAAUAUUUUUUGUGGUUAAAGAAAUUAUAUUUUUUAAUAAUUUUUUGUUCGCCAUAUUUAAAUUAGGUGAAAUAAUUUGAGUUAGUAUA